AUGGCUCAGGAGCCGGGUUCCCCUCCACGCUCUUCCACCUGCAAUGUAGGUUCUACAAACCCUAGCGAAGCUCCGAAGAAGAAGCAAAAUUCUGAGAAACUCUCCCCUAAGGGGAAGAAGGAAGUCCCAAAUGGAAAGAAGAGUAUUUUCAAGGAAACUUUCAAGGGAGUUUUCAAGAGAAUCAACCUAAUAUUCAAGCUUAAAGAUCAUGGAAAUUUUCGAAAGAUUUUAAUCGUCUCAGUAUUGGUAUUAUUGCUGAUAGGGCUAUUUUUGGCGACCUUCUCUUUUGGUCCUGACGAGGAGGUUAGCUUUAAGGAGUUCCGAUAUAAACUAUUGGAACCAGGAUUAGUUGACCAUAUUGUUGUCUCAAAAAUAAAAUUAGUUGCCAAAAUUUAUGUAAGGAGCUCUCCCCAUGAAAUGGUCCAAGGGAACCUAACUUCAGAGGGAUCUAGAGGCCAAUACAAAUAUUUUUUCAAUAUUGGAAGUAUUGAGUCUUUUGAGGCGAAGUUAAAGGAAGCACAAGAAGCACUAGGCAUUGACCAUCAUGAUUAUGUACCUGUUACAUAUUCUUCUGAUAUGGUUUGGGUCAUGGGGUUGGUGACACUCGCUUCAACACUGUUGCUUUCGGCAUCUUUUCUUUAUAGGGUAGGAAGACUAAAUGGGUUUCGUGUUGCCCAUGUUUCUAAAGUAGAUAAAAGUGCCAAAAACAAGGUCUAUUUCAAAGAUGUUGCGGGGUGUGAUGAGGCAAAGCAAGAAAUUAUGGAGUUUGUCCACUUCCUCAAGAACCCAAAAAAAUAUGAAGAACUUGGUGCAAAAAUUCCAAAAGGUGCUCUUCUGGUCGGUCCUCCAGGCACAGGAAAAACCCUUUUAGCAAAAGCAACUGCAGGAGAGUCUGCUGUACCAUUUUUUCCUAUAUCUGGUUCUGAUUUCACGGAAAUUUUUGUUGGUGUCGGGGCAUCUAGGGUGAGAAACUUGUUUCAGGAAGCAAGGCAGUGUGCUCCCAGUAUAAUAUUUAUUGAUGAGAUUGAUGCAAUUGGUCGAGCAAGGGGACGUGGAGGUUUCUCUUACUCUGCAGCAAAUAAUGAGCGUGAAAAUACUUUAAAUCAAUUGUUGGUGGAGAUGGAUGGUUUUGGAACAACUACUGGAGUUGUUGUGCUGGCUGGAACAAAUAGACCUGAUAUAUUAGACAAAGCCCUACUUAGACCUGGGAGAUUUGAUCGCCAGAUUUCCAUUGAUAAACCUGAUAUUAAAGGUCGUGACCAGAUAUUUCAGAUAUACUUGAAAAAGAUUAAACUUGACCAUGAGCCUUCAUAUUUUUCACAAAGACUUGCAGCCCUUACUCCAGGAUUUGCUGGAGCCGACAUUGCUAAUGUUUGCAAUGAAGCUGCUCUGAUUGCUGCAAGGGGUGACAAAACACAAGUCACAAUGGACCAUUUUGAGGCAGCUAUUGAUAAGAUCAUUGGUGGUUUGGAGAAGAAGAACAAGGUAAUAAGCAAGCUGGAAAGGCGUACUGUCGCUUACCAUGAGUCAGGCCAUGCUGUUGCAGGUUGGUUCUUGGAACAUUCUGAACCCUUGUUGAAAGUAACUAUUGUUCCUCGUGGAACAGCUGCUCUUGGAUUUGCGCAGUAUGUUCUGAGUGAGAACCUUCUCAUGACAAAGGAGCAGCUUUUCGAUAUGACUUGUAUGACCCUUGGUGGUCGGGCUGCAGAGCAGGUUCUCAUAGGGAGAAUCUCAACUGGAGCACAGGACGACUUGGAAAAAGUGACCAAGAUGACUUAUGCUCAAGUGGCCGUCUAUGGUUUCAGUGACAAAGUGGGCCUCCUCUCUUUCCCUUCAAGAGAAGACUCAUAUGAGAUGUCGAAGCCUUACAGCAGCAAAACUGCUGCAAUCAUUGAUAAUGAAGUGCGACAAUUGGUGAACAAAGCGUAUGAACGUACAAUACAGCUAAUUGAGGAACACAAGGAGCAUGUAGCUCAAAUUGCAGAGUUGCUGCUUGAAAAAGAAGUACUUCACCAAGAUGAUUUGAUUCGAGUUUUGGGAGAGCGUCCCUUCAAGGCUGGUGAACUCACCAAUUAUGAUAGGUCAAAGCAAGGUUUUCAAACGGAUGAGGAAAAAAUCAUAGAAAACACCGUCGAUGGGCUUGAGGAGGGUGGUGGGGAUUCACUUUAGAUCCUCAGGUAGUCCUCACAUGGUUGAAUAAUUUCAUGUUUUUCUUUUCCAGUGCGCAAGAAUAUCUUUUUUUUUUGCUAAAAUCAAUACUCCAGACUCCAGUUAUACUCAUAUGGUAUGCUUUAGAACUGUCACAUGGGAAAUAUUUAAAGGAAGGUAGUCUGCAAAGUGCAAACAGUGAUUUGAAUUACACCUGGCUUAAGUAGAAAUAGAUAGCAAAAACAAAUUUUCUUGUAAAUGUGUUUUAGCUAUUUCUAGUGAUCAGGUCUUUAUCUUCAGAAUA